ACACCCGGAAGUGCUUGUGCUGCUGUUUACUGCGCAGUAGUGUGUCUGGGAUUUGUGCGCUGCUGCAACAUUGCAUCGUAUGAGGGAAAUUCAAGUUUAGAAGUUGAAUAGAUAAACGGGUAAAAAUGUCUGGAGGGACACACCUGGAGAACGCAAACCCUGUGAUUUUCCAGCGAACGAGGGAUAGGCUGCAGACAGCGACCGAUGAGGAUGAGGAGAUCCAUGACCCAAUUGAUGACAGAGAAAUAUUUGAUAUGAUCAGAUCCAUCAAUGACCCAGAGCAUCCUCUCUCUUUAGAGGAACUCAAUGUAGUGGAGCAAGUCAGAGUCAAGAUAAAUGAUGCAGAAAGCAUUGUUGGUAUUGAGUUCACACCCACGAUUCCCCACUGCAGUAUGGCCACACUUAUUGGCCUGUCAAUCAAAGUCAAGCUUCUACGCUCGCUGCCAGACAGGUUCAAAAUUGAUGUCCACAUCACUCCCGGGACUCAUGCCUCAGAGGAAGCAGUUAACAAACAGCUGGCAGACAAAGAGAGAGUGGCAGCAGCUCUGGAGAACUCCUCGCUGCUUGAGGUGGUUAAUCAGUGCCUGUCCGCCAGGAGCAUCUGAGGAGCCAAUCACCUUUGUCGCCUCCUGCAGAACCCUCUAAUUAGCCAGUUAUGUUUUGCUCUGACAAGCGCUCUGUCAGAUCAUCACCAAUCCAGAUGUGGACAGAUACAGUUGGGAGGCAUUCAUGCAACACAAAAUAACCAGAAAACACACAUUUUGAGUGUGUUCACAUACGAAGCAGCUGUUACUCAUUUUGCCAAAUAGUUGGGUAAAAAGAAAGUACUUCUAUCUGUGAACUUUUAGUGAAAAAGUUUGAGAAUUUCUGCCAUUUAGGUUAUUCCAUUAAAUUCCUGUUUUUUAUUGGGAAAUCUUUACAGCAAGAUGAGGAAUAAAUUAUUUUAAGGUAGAAAUAUUUGGGACUAGACAUCUGUCUAAAAUCUACCACAAAAGUCCCCCUUUGUUAAAAUACUGAUGCUUUUGACAUUUUUUUUGAAAUUAUACAAAUUAAUAAAAGUUAAUGUUGAGAGA